AAAGAGCUUUCUGUCUUUACCGAAGCAAAGCCCCGAUGUCGAGUAGACGCUUUGAUAGUGGCAGUAUACCGCAUCCUAUCAGAUCAAGGACUGCUCCAAAACCCUGCCGGCACUCGACGUGAGGGCCUGUCCUUCACCGGAAUGUCCCACACACGUGCAUUGGGACGGCAGAUUACAGUCUCCUUUUUGGAGAGAAGGACCAUAUGGCCUGUCAUUUGGUUUUCGAAGCCAAGAGACGCGGCUUUUCCCAGAUCAGGGCCGAAUCCUCACCUAUAUGGCGAUGGUACAGGGCAACAGAAUAUCAAGGUGGCAGAGAAAUUGGACGGUUUGGGGGCCCUGACAGACGGCUGGGUCUCCCAGUUUUACCAGCUAAAUAUGGAGGGAGAGUGGUCAGUCCUGCCAUUACAGGCCAAGAAAGAAGGCUGGCAACUCCAGAAUCAUCAGUAG